UCCACCCGCGAGACCGGGAGAUAAAUUCCGAUAGAGAAAACUGAAAUAAAAUGAAUGAGAAACUGCGCAGAAAAUCCCCUAAUCGAUUAAUUAAUUUUCCCCAUCAAUUUUCAUCGAUAAAAGUACAAUAAUUCAGGACAAAUCAGGGGUCGGGGGUCAGUUUAGUCGAGAUUGGAGUGCAUGGCAUUCGAGUUCUGCUCCAUUUUUAUCUAUUGAAGACGGUAUCGCGGGGGUGAAUGGUGUCCACAGACGAUUAGUUUAUUUAACAGCGCAGAAGUGAUCGGUUCGAGUGCCUCCACACUCUCUUGACAUGGAUACCGUGAGAUUUGACGUUUAUGAUGAUUUCAUGACUCAUUUCGUUAAGAAAUACAAUUAUUAUCGGCCUGAACCCUCGAAGAAGGCGCUGAAGAAGCAGCAAAAGGAGGCGGAAAAAGCAGCCAAAAAAGCGGCUCACAAAUCACAAACCGCACAAGAACCUGUAGAGGAUGCUGAAGACAUUUCCCUGGGUCGUUAUGGACAACUGGGUCUCAUUCGGAGUUCUGAGAUCCACGAGGACCGAAAGUUCGUCGAUGUCAAGGACUUGGAGCCCAGAAUUAAGGAACAAACUGUGUGGUUGAGGGGUAGAUUGCAUACAAGCAGAGCAAAAGGAAAGCAGUGUUUCAUCGUCAUCAGACAACAGUCCUCCACUGUCCAGGGUCUAGCAGCUGUCAACGAGAGGAUCAGUAAGCAGAUGAUAAAGUUCAUCUCGAACAUUUCGAAGGAGUCUAUUAUCGACGUGAAAGCAAUUGUCAAGACAGUUCCAUCGAAAAUAGAGUCUUGCACUCAGAAAGAUGUGGAGGUUCAUAUUGAUGAACUCUAUGUGGUCAGUGCAUCGAAACCUCAACUCCCUCUGCAGAUCGAGGACGCAGCUCGGCCAGAGAAUGACGAAACUGGGAUUAAUAUCAAAGUUAAUCAGGACACGAGGCUUGACAACCGGAUUCUGGACCUUCGUACCCCUGCUAAUCAGGCGAUUUUCAGGGUUGAAGCUGGUGUUUGUAAAUUGUUUCGUGAUAUACUGACGAAUAAGGGUUUUGUUGAGAUUCACACCCCAAAAAUAAUCUCCGCAGCCAGUGAAGGUGGUGCCAAUGUCUUCACAGUCUCCUAUUUCAAGGGUUCAGCUUAUCUAGCACAGUCUCCUCAACUUUACAAGCAAAUGGCAAUUGCUGCUGAUUUUGACAAAGUUUUUACUGUUGGGGCAGUUUUUAGAGCUGAAGACUCGAAUACUCACAGACACCUGACAGAAUUCGUGGGACUCGACCUGGAGAUGGCAUUCAAGUAUCACUACCACGAGGUAGUGGACACAAUAGGUCAAAUGUUCACUGAAUUAUUCAGAGGGCUUCAGAAUAAUUACGCUGAUGAGAUAGCCGCUGUUCGUCAGCAGUAUAAGGUCGAGCCCUUCAGGUUCUUGGACCCUCCACUGAAGCUGGAAUUCCCGCAGGCGAUAAAACUGCUGGCAGAAGCUGGGGUUAUCCUAGGAGAAGAGGAUGAUCUGUCGACUCCUGAUGAGAAACUACUGGGGAAACUGGUCAAAGCCAAAUAUGAUACUGAUUUCUACAUUCUGGAUAAAUAUCCUCUGGCUGUGAGACCGUUCUAUACGAUGCCUGAUCCUAGUAAUCCUAAAGCCUCCAACUCGUACGAUAUGUUCAUGAGGGGAGAGGAAAUAAUAUCUGGGGCUCAACGUAUUCAUGAUCCUGAGUUUUUGACUGAGAGAGCUAAACAUCACGGAAUUGAUAUCGAGAAGAUAAAGGCAUACAUCGACGCCUUCAGAUACGGAUGUCCACCCCACGCAGGUGGUGGAAUUGGAAUGGAACGAGUGGUGAUGCUUUAUCUGGGCCUCGACAACAUCAGGAAGGUUUCCAUGUUCCCUCGUGACCCUAAACGCAUCACUCCUUAACUGAUCAUUAAAAAAUAUAAAAAAGUACAUUUUUAUUAUUAUACACGCGUCAAUGUACUAAUCCGUGAAUAUCAAUGAAAAUGUUGUUGCAAAGAAAUAUUAAUAAAAUGAAUUUCUACCGAA